CACCGAAUGAAGAGAAAUGAGGACGUUACAUGCCAUGCCAUCUUGACUGCUUUCAGGAACAGCAGUUCAUUAGGCAGUGUCCCACACCGGCAGCGCAGUGCUGACGUCUGUGCAUUGUAGCCUAGGAUUAUGUGUGCAAUCAAAGUGGAUUUAGCCCGUGCAGGUUGAUGCAUGCAGUCUUGGUGGUGCUGUGCGCUUGCACCGGAGAUUUCCACGGGCUCUGAAUGACUAGGCUAUAGUAUACCUUUCGCCCGGCUCAUCAGCAUCAUUGAGACGCCCUCGUUGUCCAUCAUGGACGAAGUGCCCAGUUUGGUGAAAAUCGGCGUCUCUUUGAAAAUCCAACCCGGUGACGGGCCGGUGUAUUUCAAAGUCGACGGUCAGCGAUUCGGGCAAAACCGGACCAUCAAGCUGUUAACGGGAGCGAAGUACAAGAUCGAUAUUAUGCUAAAGCCUGGGAUUGUAUCAGCAAAGUCGAUGAUGAUUGGGGCUGUACUUAUCCCCCUAGAAGAGAAAUCGAGGAACCCACAAGUGGUGAAUUAUACUGGGAUCUAUGACACUGAAGGAGUGGCUCACACGAAAAGUGGGGAACGCCAGCCUCUACAAGUCAACAUUCAGUUCAAUGACAUUGGCACCUUUGAGACUGUGUGGCAAGUGAAGUUCUACAAUUAUCACAAACGGGAUCACUGCCAGUGGGGGAACAGCUUUGGCAGCAUCGAGUAUGAGUGUAAACCCAACGAGACUCGCAGCCUGAUGUGGAUCAACAAGGAAAUGUUUACCUAAGAUGCAGUAUUAGGAAAUAUCACUUUAAACAUUGGCCUAGACAAAUUAUCAUUGUCUAUCUAAUAAAUGAAAAACCCAAGCCUUAACAUAGACACAUUUGGGUUGAAUUUGCGCAAUAUGCUAUUGGUAUUGAAAACAUUAGUACUCAUGUGUAAUUGAUUUUCUUACCAUUUAUGAGGGAGUUUAUCCAAGUAUUUCAAAUGGAUGAGGAAUUUGAUACACAUGUAUUUGAUAUAAACAUUAUCAGAUUUAUGCUAAUAUCACUCAACAGAAUUUAAAUUCCAAUAUCUUAAUUCCGUUACUAACAUUUACAUUAUGAGACAAUAGUUAGGAGAGUAAAUCAUUGAAAAAUGUCUUUGGGUAAGUUAAUGUACAAUGUUUUUUGUCUAUUAUCCUAACCAGCUAUUCAGAACAUAUAUUUAUUUGAGGUAGCAGUUAGUGAUUUUAAACUUGUUCCUAAUAUUAUACAAUAUGAUCUCAUCUGCACUGUUAGAUGAGAGAGUAAAUAAUUCUGUAACAGCAUUCCUUUUACGUUGUUCUCAAAAAUAGACUGAAUGGGAUGCUACAUUUUGUUACUUUACUUGUGCUGAAUAUUUUUUGGUCUACCUCUGAUUGAUGCUAGUGAUCUGGUGAUGAACUGUGGGAGUAAGCAAUGUCUGUGUUAGCUGAGUUACAAUUUGAAUAAAAAAACUAGCUUAAAAUAUUCAUGAUAUGCAAUGACUUUUUGUGUAUUUACUAUUCAAUAUAUUUCGUAAAUUAAGAUUUAAGGAUUUAUGUUGUGUUGCAGUGUAAAGUCACAGAGUUUGUAUAAUAGAUGUGACUAUUCUUUUGUAAUGUUUCCUGGUUGGUUUGGUCAGUAAUGGGAGGGAAAUGUAAUAUGUAUUAUUUGUUGAUGAUAUGCUAUAAGAACAAUUGUGUAUGCAUCAAUAAGCCCAGGCAAAUUAAAUCCUUUUUUAGAUAUCUUCUUCUUCUUCUUCUUAAACCCAUCACCCCUACUGGGGCAUAGGCUGCUAACAGCAGCUCAUCAGAGUCCCCUGUCCUGAACUUAAGUUUGAUUGGCCCUGUGGCUCCUGCUGUCACCACAUGACUUCAUGAAUCUUCAAAGCAACGAUCCUUACUCUUCCAGAGAUACGGUGUUUGGAGUUUGUGUAGCUCUGGGCUUUUAUGGGAUGGGGUUUUUAGCCCCAUGCCCACCUCUCUUCCUUUUACAGCCAGGCUUGGGACCAUCCAUGCUGGAGGAUUUUUAGAUAUCUAGUACCAGUAAUUAAAAUAUUGUUAUGUAUAAACACUGCUUUAUUAACUUUGCUGGUAUUGAAAUGGAAAAUAAACAGAUUUCCAGAGACAACAAUCUUUGGUUACCUCGCCACUUCUUAUGUUUUG